AUGAACGGGACAGAAGGACUGGUAUCAGGGCUUACCAGCACCACCUCACUGGAUGUAGUUAUAGGCCCCGCUACAACCCCCCUGAUAGACGUGGUGUCAGGUCCCACAACUACCCUGGAGGUGAUGACAGUCAUACUGAUCCUCUCCCUCAUGAUCCUAGGAAUCCACUUUAACUCCCUGGUCCUGUAUAUGUUCUGCAAACACCGUCAUUACCGUCUCCCCUCCCGACUCCAGCUAUUCUCCCUGGCUGUCGACGAUAUCGGAACUGCUAUCUUUGUGGAGCCCAUGGUCAUUUCCAUGUUCUACAAGAUUGAACUCUUCGCCCAGAACAAUGUUCUCUGUAGAAUCUUCUCGAACCUUCUGCACAUUUUCCCCUGGGGCUCCAUCAUCAGUUUAAUGGUUCUCAGCUUCACCAGGGUCGUCAUCGUGCUCUAUCCUCUAGCCUACAAGAUCUGGGUGACUCGGAGGAGAGUGGUGCAUGUCAUAGUUGCUAAGUACUUGUUUAUAGGCAUCUUCCUGACCGUCUCCAACCCGCUGUGGACGUUCAUCUUCAUCCCGAGCGUACAGUCCUGUUUCGUGAGCUACACGGGGACGGUUAACGACCACGUGCCCCACGUUAACGUGAUCCCCUAUAUCAUCCUGAUGGGGAGUGUGAUAAUAGUGCUGCUGUCUGGUGUGGUGCUGGCACAGUUCUGUGGGAUACCCUGUAGUAGGGGGGUCGGGGGAGGCCUGGCUAAACACAGAGCCCAGAUGCCAGGGAUAGCUAGAGAGCUGCUCCUUUUAGUAGCAGUUUACCUCUUGACCACUUUCUCUGUUCCUAUGGUAGCCCUGAAGCGCUAUCUCAACUUCAACCUCUCCCCUCAGGGGGAAGUGGUGUUCGCUCAGGUUGCCAAGGUGCUGUUCUAUGUCGGCCCAGUCGCUAACCCUGUGAUCUACGCACUGAGACGAGGUGAGUAUCGGGACACACUAGCCUCUUCUUUUAAGCUCACUAUCAGCGCCAGACGAAUAGUCCGGGAGAGAACCACGGCAAAGAACGAGCUGGUAAUCGACACCGAGCUGAAUCAUCAUCAACAGAAGGGGAUCUGUAAGGUCAAGUUGAGGAGAGGAUCCUCAGAGAAUCAGCUACGAGCAGAGCGGAGUAUUGAGCUUGAGGAUAUCACUGUUCGGAGGAAGUCGACUCUCUAUCUCCGCAAGAAGUCUUAUAAUGUGCGCUUGCCAAAGGGUGGGUUCAUUUUCAAGAACAAUGCUGCACCUCACGGUUAUGAUUGA